UUUAGUAUAAAAACUUGCUCACGACAUGAAACAGCGACUGCAGAUUUUUAGUAACGACUUUGUUCAUUAUAAUGACCAAGAUAUUUCUUGUUUUUUUGUGGCUCGAUUAUGUUUUAACAGAAAAAUGUGUCGUAUACAAAGCGAUGUUUCUUGAUAAAAUUAACGACUGCGACGGCUUCGAAAAUAAAAUAUUGAAUGCGGAAGGUCUCAACUUUGCUACUGAGGAAGGCGACGAAGACGGAGAAGGUUCCAUGACUAUGCAAGGGCAGAUAAAACUUAGUUCUGCUAUUGAAAAAGGCGAUGCGAUACAAAUAGAAGUGUGGAAAGAAACCGAAAUCGGACAAAAAGAAUUCGUGAGCAGUGCAAGAUGGGACAUUUGUAAGAAUUUGCAGAAUGCUGAGGCGCCCUGGUACCCUUUGCUGGAAUGUCUAAGGAUCAGCAAAUGCCCCGUGCCCGCGGACGACUACAACAUCCAAGAUCUGUCGAUUUCUCUUGCGGGUGUCAAAGAUGUUCUCCGUCACGAAUUCUGUGGCAGCUACACCACGGAACUGAAAAUAGUGAACUCUAUGAAUUCUAUUAUCAGCGAUAAGUCGUGUCAUGUAAUUGGUCUGGCUAUUGUUGAAAAAGAAGAAGAAUGUUAAAAGAAAAACCUAAAACUGUUGUGUUUUCAUUACUUAAUCAAAAUAUAUAAUUUAAUGCUGUGUUGUUUGUAGCGCUAUGAAAUGUCUUUCUUGUAGAUAAUGCCUUAAGGAGUGGCUUGGUGCCUUUUGAAUUUUGUUAGUUCGCUUAGAAGCACGUCUGUCACUUUAAUAAGAUCCGCCAGCUACAUAGGCUUCAGAUUAUGGAUUUAGUAGGUGUAAACAAGACAAGUAUUUGGUUU